CUUGGCACCCUUCCCCGCAGCCCGAGUGCCCUUCCUCCCCAGCCUCCUCGCCCUCCUCCACCCCCUCUCUCAUCACCCUCCCCUCCCCUCCCCUCCCCCGUCCUGCGCUCCCACUUCCAGCACCUACUCCGGGCUCGGAGCCUUAGGACCAUCACCUGCCCACCUAAGCCCGCGGUGCUCCCUCCCGGGACCCCAUUCCUGAAACCCCUGCCCCUGCCUCCCCCAGCCCGGUGCGCCGGGGCUCUCCCCCUGCUCCCUUGGUCCCUCCUCCCUUGCAGGCGCCGUUUCCCGGCUUCAGCUCCCCGCGCGUCUAUCCCUCUCCUCCCCGCGAAGUUUCGGGGCUGUCAGUCUGUCAGUCUUCGGGCCGUCAGCACCCGAGCUGCAGGCAGCGAGCGCCAUUGUGAGCAGAGCCGGCGGGGCAAGAGGCCCGGGCGCCUGGGUCCCCUCGGCGCGGGCGGAGCGGCCGGCCAGCCAGGGUCUGUGGCCUGAUCCCCAGGAGGAGCUACUCUGGGUUACCAUGAGAGAGACCUUGGAGGCCCUCAGCUCCCUGGGAUUCUCUGUGGGACAGGCAGAGAUGGCCCCCCAAAGUGAGCCCAGGGAAGGAUCCCAUAAUGCCCAGGAGCAGAUGUCCUCUUCUAGGGAAGAGAGAGCACUGGGGGUGUGCUCAGGGCACAAGGCCUCUACACUGGAGGAAGGUGCCCACACAGAACAAGCCGAGGCUCCCUGCAGAGGCCAGGCAUGCACAGCACAGAAGGCUCAGCCUGUGGGCGCCUGCUCAGGAGAGGAGUGGAUGAUUCGGAAGGUAAAGGUGGAGGACGAAGAUCAGGAGGCAGAAGAGGAGGUCGAAUGGCCCCAGCAUCUAUCGUUACUUCCCAGUCCCUUUCCCGCGCCUGACCUGGGGCAUCUGGCUGCCGCUUACAAACUGGAGCCAGGGGCCCCGGGGGCACUGAGUGGGCUCGCGCUGUCUGGGUGGGGUCCGAUGCCCGAGAAGCCCUACGGCUGCGGGGAGUGUGAGCGGCGCUUCCGGGACCAGCUGACCUUGCGACUGCACCAGCGGCUGCACCGGGGCGAGGGCCCCUGCGCCUGCCCGGACUGCGGCCGCAGCUUCACGCAGCGCGCCCACAUGCUGCUGCAUCAGCGCAGCCACCGCGGCGAGCGGCCUUUCCCGUGCUCCGAGUGCGACAAACGCUUCAGCAAGAAGGCCCAUCUGACCCGCCACCUGCGCACGCACACGGGCGAGCGGCCCUACCCGUGCGCGGAGUGCGGCAAGCGCUUCAGCCAGAAGAUCCACCUCGGCUCGCACCAAAAGACCCACACCGGCGAGCGGCCCUUCCCCUGCACAGAAUGCGAGAAGCGCUUUCGCAAGAAGACGCACUUGAUUCGGCACCAGCGCAUCCAUACGGGCGAGAGGCCUUACCAGUGCGCACAGUGCGCACGCAGCUUCACGCACAAGCAGCACUUGGUGCGGCACCAAAGGGUGCAUCAGGCGGCCGGCCAGGCCAGGCCCUCUCCCGACUCGUCCGCUUCUCCUCAUUCCACUGCCCCGUCCCCGACCCCAUCCCCUCCCGGGCCAAAGCCUUUCGCCUGCUCCGACUGCGGCUUGAGCUUCGGCUGGAAAAAGAACCUCGCCACGCACCAGUGUCUGCACCGCAGCGAGGGUCGCCCCUUUGGGUGCAAUGAGUGCGCACUGGGCGCCACCGUGGAUGCACCCGCCGCCGAGCCCCUGGCCAGCGCGCCUGGCGGACCGGGCUGCGGCCCAGGGUCCGAUCCUGUGGCGCCCCAGCGCGCCCCCUCGGGCGAGCGGUCCUUCUUCUGCCCGGACUGCGGGCGCGGCUUCGCGCAUGGGCAGCACCUGGCGCGGCACCGGCGCGUGCACACGGGUGAACGGCCCUUCGCCUGCACCCAGUGUGACCGCCGCUUCGGCUCGCGGCCCAAUCUGGUCGCCCACUCCAGGGCCCACAGCGGCGCCAGGCCUUUCGCCUGCGCUCAGUGCGGCCGCCGCUUCAGCCGCAAGUCGCACCUGGGCCGCCACCAGGCGGUGCACACUGGCAGCCGCCCCCACGCCUGCGCCGUCUGCGCCCGCAGCUUCAGCUCCAAAACCAACCUAGUCCGCCACCAGGCUAUCCACACAGGCUCCCGCCCCUUCUCCUGCCCGCAGUGCGGAAAGAGCUUCAGCCGCAAGACCCACCUGGUGCGGCACCAGCUCAUUCACGGCGAAGCCGCCCACGCGGCCCCGGACGCCGCCCUUGCGGCCCCAGCCUGGUCCACUUCCCCCGAGGUGGCGCCGCCCCCGCUCUUCUUCUGAGCCUAGUUCUCACCAGGACCCUUUCUUGCCCACAGUUUCGAGAGGUCUGUGCCAUGAGUCCGCCUGGGGUGAGCACCGUGGUCUGGGCUGCUGCCGGAAGGUUUGGCGCCCGCGGGACUCCUGUUUCCUUCCCGCAGUGUCUGCGUCCGCACAGCAUACCCAGCUCGGACCUCCUAGGACAGAGACUCAGCGAACCCUUGCUGGGAACCGUUGAGCUGAAGUUCUUGGAAGGCUCCCACCCAGGUGCCCCCUUGGAAAGCAGAUAUUUCCUGGACCCAGCGCGACCUCAACCAGGGCGGGAAAGAGUGGUUAUUUACGUACUUAAAGUUUCAUUAAAAUUAAAAUCAGAAACUUCUGGGGCUGUUAAAUGAGUUGGGGGAGGGAACCCCUGACUCUUCGUAGCCACUGUCCCACCUCCAUCCACACAUAGACCACCCCCUUCCACUUCCCCUUCUGUCCUGGGUGAGUUACAUUUAGCCAGCUGCAGUUAAUUGGUUCUCCCAAAUAAAAAUGUAAUAUUUUAUUCACUAA